AUGUACGCAGAAGCUACAACACUUCAUCUGGCAAGUGUUAACGGGUGUGUUUCUGUAGGGGCACGGCUACAGAGUCGCGGCCUUCAAAUCGACCCACAGUGCGUGCGGUGCGGUAUGGCUCCGGAAACGGUUAAUCAUAUGUUAUUUGAAUGUCCACCAGCGUUACAGGUGUGGGCUUUAUCCCCAAUUCCUACAGCUUUGGACCAUUUCCCAACAGGAGGCUUGUUUACAAACAUUGCUCACCUGUUCUGGAACCUACCAAAUGAUGAAAGAAUGGGUAUGUAUCCCUGGUUGCUUUGGUUUAUUUGGAAAGCCCGAAACGAUAAGGUCUUCUCCAAUGAUGACUCAGAUCCUAAUGAUAUCAUUAAUCACGCGGCAAGUGAAGCGGUAGCGUGGAGGACGGCACAAGAGACAAGAGGUCACACCGGUCUGGAGGGGAAUCCGGCUGAGUUAUCUCGCCAGAGGCGGGGUAUAUCACCACUCCAAGCAGAGCUUGAAGCGCUGGUAUGGGCUAUGCAGUGCAUGUUACGGCAGAAGAAGUUAACAAUAGUGUUUGAAACGGACUGUUCCGAUGUGGUAAAGAUGGUGUCUAAACCCGAGGAGUGGCCAGCUUUUGCACAAUACUAG